AUAUAUGUGUGUUAGGCGCGAUUUCGAUAACAUUGUAAUUGAUAAACAUUCACGUGAUAAUACGAGAAAUCGAUUAUUUAAAAUACAAGCUUUAAAGAAUAAAUAAAUUUUGCAGAUACUAACGGAUGCUAGUGAAGUAUUAGUAGUCUAAAGAUAUCCAAUCACCGCUACGGAAAACUAGUUUAAACAAGGAUAGUAUGCAUUACGUGUAGGUUCAAAUCACUUUUUAUACCUGACGUGUAUUACUGAUUACUGUUGAAUAUUCUCGUUUACCAAUAAAAAGGAAGAACAUGUAAUUGUAAACGUUUCACCAAGAUAUGUGAUGAAUCAAUUGCGAAUGAACAUAAAUAAAUAAUAUAUUUAUUGAUGUUUACCAAAAAUAAACUUUAAUCCAUUCCGUAAUCGUAUUUGAAGGUGACAGAUAUUUGUUCCUUGUCAAAGUAUGUAUGUUUUGACAAUAAUUGUUUAGUACUUAAUGUAAUCUAUCAUUAUAUUCGAAUAAAUAGCAGAUCCUACUCGCUACGUUCUAAGGUAUUACGUUAAUAGGUUAUCAUAGUUGUCGCGAUAUAACGUGAAUUACGUGUACAGUGAAACUCAUUAAACUUUAUAUAUAAUAAAGAUAUUAAUAAACGAUGCGUAUAAUUAAUUGAUAAAAUUGUUAACAUAAUAUAUAACAAAAAUUAUGUGAAUAAAAUGGUUGCAAACAUAGCAGCUGAUAUGACCGGAUCCAUAUACCAUGAAAGACAAGUGAAAGAGCUUUGCGCAUUACACGCAUUAAAUAAUUUAUUUCAAGAAAGAGGAUUUAGUAAACAGGAAUUAGACCAAAUUUGUUAUAGCUUAAGUCCAGAUGUAUGGAUAAAUCCCCACAAAUCACUGUUAGGACUUGGUAAUUAUGACAUUAAUGUUAUCAUGGCGGCGUUACAACGAAAAGGACAUGAAGCAGUUUGGUUUGAUAAACGCAGAGAUCCAAAAUGUCUGUGUUUAGAUAAUAUUGAAGGUUUUAUAUUAAAUGUACCAACAGAAUAUAAAUUAGGAUUCAUAUUGCUUCCCUUGAAAAGACGACAUUGGAUUGCCCUGAAGAAAAUUCAUGGUGCCUUUUAUAAUCUUGACUCGAAACUUGAUUCUCCUCAGCUUAUUGGGAAAGAAAAUGAUUUACUUAUAUAUCUAAAGGACCAGAUAGAUAGUAAGGAAAAGGAAUUAUUUCUUGUCGUAUCGAGGGAGAUAGAUAAUAAUCAAGGAUGGCUAAUAAAUACGUAUGCAAAUAAAGAAGGGAUUAAUACGGAUCAUGAUAGUAUCACGUACAUCGAAGACGGCUAUAUGGAAAUGAAUUUGAAGAAAGAAGUGUCUGCAGAAAUGAAUGAAAAUGAAAAAUCAUUGGAUAACAAAAAUUCUAGGUAAUUGAAGCCUUUUUAAUUUACUUAAUCUAUGUAUUCAAUGCUUCAGGCCAAAAUAAAUUAAAGGUUAAAGCGACAAUAGUCCAUUAAUAAACAAAGUUCUAUGUUCAAGGAAUUGAAAAGAGAAGUAAAAGAUUACAAAUUAUAAAUGUUGCAUACAAAUUUUCUUGCAAGAAAGAAAAGGA